AUGCAUUCUUUGCCGGCCUGGGCGCUGGGUAGCAUGUCUGUCUGCUGCAAUCAUCCCAUCCCAGCCUGUUCCCACAUGCGCCCACUGGCCCCAGGCAGACUUGCCAGAGCUACCGCCUAUCUAACCCCCCAGCCUCCGGUCUUUGUGUGGGUGAAUGGUGGCGCUCUUUCCACUCUCCUCUUCGCACACUUGGCCUCCUUUUUGCAUUCCCAAUUUUAUGGUUCACACGUCUGCCGACAUCUGCGCACGCCUUCCUACCAAAGCCCAUCAAGCCCAGACUCGGGUCUAGCCAGGCUUUUGCACAGAAAAAGCGACGCGCUGUCUCGGCAGCCGCAGACCAACCGCAACGGCCAGCCACCCCCGACAAGGCAAAAACGCCAACGUAGCUCCUCGUCGCCGGAACCAAGUGGCCCGGAAGGCGCCUCGCACGCGGACGCGCCCUGGAUACGAGGCCCGGAGUCGAGACCGCCCAUCUACGCCCAACCGUGCAGCACCUUUGCUGCGACGACGACGACGACGACGACGGCCAACUCCCUCAGUGCGGCUCAGCCCAGCCCAGCGCGCGCAAACCCCUACUCUUGUUGCCGCCCAGCUUUUACAAUAUUGGCACACUCAUCACUUUAUUGA